GGGCUUUCUUACAGGGGCAAGGCAGAGAGGACCGAGCGCUGCUCACCGGCCGCGGCUUCACGGAGAGAGAUAUCUCCUCCUCCUCCUCCUCCUCCUCCUCCUCCUCCUGGGAUUUUCCUCCUUCUCCCCUCCCCUGCUCUCCCCUCCCCUCGCUGCCUCGCUCCCUCCUCUCUUUCUUUCCUCCUUUUCACCUCCUCGAACAAAAGUAGCCCUUCUCCCUGCGCCUGCGAGCGGGGCCGCUUUGUCUGCCCGCGCCGUCGGGGGACCGGGACCGGGGCCGGACCGGCAGCGGGACCGGACCGGGGCCAUGCGGGCACAGCGGGCGGACGGUGCCCGGGCGCUGCUGGCGCUGCUGGGACUGGGAUUAGGACUGGGACUGGCGACCUGCCCCGAGCGGGAGCUGGAGCGGAGGGAGGAGGAGGCCAACGUGGUGCUGACGGGCACGGUGGAGGAGAUCAUGAACGUGGACCCGGUCCACCACACCUACUCCUGCAAGGUGAGAGUCUGGCGCUACCUGAAGGGCAAGGACAUCGUCACCCACGAGAUCCUGCUGGACGGCGGGAACAAGGUGGUGAUCGGCGGCUUCGGGGACCCGCUGAUCUGCGACAACCAGGUGUCCACGGGGGACACGCGGAUCUUCUUCGUGAACCCCGCCCCGCAGUACCUGUGGCCCGCGCACCGCAACGAGCUCAUGCUCAACUCCAGCCUCAUGAGGAUCACCCUGCGCAACCUGGAGGAGGUGGAGCACUGCGUGGAAGACAAGCCCAACAGUUACUUCACUCAGACGCCGCCGACGCCGCGAGAUGUGUGCCGGGGGAUGCUCUGCGGGUUCGGGGCCGUGUGCGAGAGGAGCUCCAGCGACCCCUCCCAGGCCUCCUGUGUCUGCAAGAAAACAGCGUGUCCUGUCGUGGUGGCCCCUGUGUGUGGCUCGGAUUACUCCACCUACAGCAACGAGUGUGAGCUGGAGAAGGCUCAGUGCAACCAGCAGAGGAGGAUCAAGGUCAUCAGCAAGGGACCGUGCGGCUCCAAGGACCCCUGUGCAGAGGUGACCUGCAGUUUUGGCAGCACCUGUGUCCGCUCCACCGAUGGCCAGUCGGCCAAGUGCGUGUGCCCGUCCUCCUGCAGCGGCGUCCCCGAGAGCCCCGUGUGCGGCAGCGACGGCCGCGACUACCGCAGCGAGUGCGACCUCAACAAGCACGCCUGUGACAAGCAGGAGAACGUCUUCAAGAAGUUUGAUGGCCUCUGUGACCCCUGCAAAGGCGUCCUCAACGACAUGAACCGCGUCUGCCGGGUGAACUCCCGCACGCGGCGGGCGGAGCUGCUGCCGCGCCCCGAGACCUGCCCGCCCAGGAGGGAGCCUGUGUGCGGGGACGACGGCGUCACCUACGACAACGAGUGCGUGAUGGGGCGCUCGGGGGCCAUCCGGGGCCUGGAGAUCCAGAAGGUGCGUUCAGGGCAGUGCCAGCAGCAGGACAAGUGCAGGGACGAGUGCAAGUUCAACGGGGUGUGCCUGAACCGCCGCGGCUCCGCGCGCUGCUCCUGCGACCGCAUCGCCUGCGACGGCGCCUUCCGGCCCGUCUGCGCCCGCGACAGCCGCACCUACGGCAACGACUGCGAGCGCCAGAAGGCAGAGUGCCACCAGAAGGCCGCCAUCCCCGUCAAGCACAGCGGACCCUGUGACCUGGGCACACCCAGCCCCUGCCUGAGCGUGGAGUGCACCUUUGGGGCCACCUGCGUGGUGAAGAACCAGGAGCCCGUGUGUGAGUGCCAGCAGGUGUGCCAGGGCCGCUACGACCCCGUGUGCGGCACCGACAACCGCACCUACGGCAACCCCUGCGAGCUGGACUCCAUGGCCUGUGUCCUCAAGAGGGACAUCAGGGUGAAGCACAAGGGGCCCUGUGAGCGCUGCGGGAAGUGCCAGUUCGGGGCCAUCUGCGAGGCGGAGACGGGGCGCUGCGUGUGCCCCACGGAGUGCGUGCCCUCCUCCCAGCCCGUGUGCGGCACCGACGGCCGCACCUACGGCAGCGAGUGCGAGCUGCACGUCCGCGCCUGCACCCAGCAGACCAACAUCCUGGUGGCUGCCCAGGGAGACUGCAAGUCGUGUGGCAGCACGGUGUGCUCCUUUGGCAGCAGGUGCGUGGGUGGGCAGUGCGUGUGCCCGCGCUGCGAGCGCCAGCCCCCGGCCCCGGUGUGCGGCACCGACGGGCUCACCUACGACAACCAGUGCGAGCUGCAAGUGGCCUCCUGCCAGCAGAAGAAGAGCAUCGAGGUGGCCAGGACGGGGCCCUGUGAGGAUGAGUGUGGCUCAGGGGGCUCUGGCUCUGGGGAUGGCAGUGAGUGUGAGCAGGACCGGUGCCGGCACUUCGGGGGCUGGUGGGACGAGGACGCCGAGGACGAUCGCUGCGUGUGUGACUUCACCUGCCUGGCCGUGCCCCGCAGCCCGGUGUGUGGCUCUGAUGGCGUCACCUACGCCAACGAGUGCGAGCUGAAGAAGACGCGGUGCGAGAAGCGCCAGGAUCUCUACGUCACUGGCCAAGGAGCCUGCCGUGCCCUUGCCACAACCCCACCACCCCUCCUGGUUGUGCACUGCAGCCAGACCAUCUACGGCUGCUGCCCAGACAACGUGACCCUGGCGCUCGGAGUGGGAGCAGCAGGAUGUCCAAGCACGUGCCAGUGCAACCCCUACGGCUCCUAUGGGGGUUCCUGUGACCCGGGGACGGGGCAGUGCUCCUGCAAGCCGGGCGUGGGGGGGCUCAAGUGCGACCGCUGCGAGCCCGGCUUCUGGAACUUCCGCGGCAUCGUCACCGACAGCAAGAGCGGCUGCACCCCCUGUAACUGCGACCCCGUGGGCUCAGUGCGGGAUGACUGCGAGCAGAUGACGGGGCUGUGCUCCUGCAAGACUGGCAUCACUGGCAUGAAGUGCAACCAGUGCCCCAACGGCAGCAAACUGGGCAUGACGGGCUGCGAGAAAGACCCCUCAGCCCCAAAGUCCUGUGAGGAGAUGAACUGCGAGUUUGGGGCCUCGUGUGUGGAGGUCAACGGCUUUGCCCACUGCGAGUGCCCGUCCCCGCUGUGCUCUGAGGCCAACAUGACCAAGGUGUGUGGCUCUGACGGUGUCACCUACGGGGACCAGUGCCAGCUGAAGACCAUCGCCUGCAGGCAGGGCCAGGUCAUCACGGUGAAGCACUUGGGGCAGUGCCACGAGUCCAUCACCCACACGAGCCACCCGUCACCUCCCACGCCGCUGCCCACGCUGCCCUUGGACAGGCUCGUCCUCCCCCCGCCCCUGCCCCUCUCCACCCAGGCUCCGCAGCCCACCAAGGUGGCCACCAGCUCCCCGCUGCUGGAAGCCAAGCCCACGGAACGGGGUCACCCCACGACGAGGCGCGUCACGACGGCCAGGCCGGCCACGACGCCCUGGGCGACCCACGGCGGGUACAAGACCACCGUGCGGCCUCUGCCCACCGCCCCGGUGGUGCUGGCCACCCCCCAGCCCGCCUACGGGGAGUCAGGCAGUGCUGAGGGCAGUGGGGACCAGGAGAUGGGCGCCAGCGGGGACCAGGAAUCCAGCGGGGCCGGCUCUGCCGGGGAAGAGGAGGAGGUGGAGGAAGGCCAGGUGACGUCCACCCCGGCUGUGGAGAGGGCCACGUGUUACAACACCCCGCUGGGAUGCUGCUCCGACGGCAAGACUGCGGCUGCUGACGCCGAGGGCAGCAACUGCCCAGCUACCAAAGUCUUCCAAGGGGUCCUCAUCCUGGAGGAGGUGGAAGGCCAGGAGCUGUUCUACACCCCGGAGAUGGCUGACCCCAAGUCGGAGCUCUUCGGGGAGACGGCCCGGAGCAUUGAGAGCGCGCUGGAUGAGCUUUUCCGCAGCUCUGACGUCAAGAAGGACUUCAAGAGCAUCCGUGUGCGGGACCUGGGGCAGAGCAGCGCUGUCCGUGUCUUCGUGGAGUCCCACUUUGACCCAGCCACGUCCUACACGGCCGCCGAUAUCCAGGCGGCCCUGCUGAAGCAGAUCAAAGCUUCCAAGAAGAGGACCAUCCUGGUGAAGAAGCCCCAGCAGGAGCAUGUCAAAUUCAUGGAUUUUGACUGGAUCCCCAGGCUCUUCACCACCACCGUCACCACCACCACGGCCACCACCAUGGCCCCGGCGGCCGCCACCACCCGCAGGGCCACCACGGCCGCUGCCGUCACCAUGGCCCGCGGCAGGGCCGGGAGCACCCGCAGGCCCAGCUCCACCCUCCCCCCGGCCGCCAGCACCCGCAGGAAGCCCACCCGCCAGCCCCCGCCACGGAGACCCCCCCGGCCCUGCGACUCCCACCCCUGCCUGCACGGGGGCACCUGCGAGGACGACGGCGAGGACUUCACCUGCAGCUGCCCCGCGGGCAAGGGAGGGGCUGUCUGCGAGAAAACUAUCAGGUACUUCAUCCCCAGCUUCGGGGGCAAGUCCUACCUGGCCUUCAAGAUGAUGAAGGCGUACCACACGGUGCGCAUCGCCAUGGAGUUCCGCACCCUGGAGCUGGGGGGGCUGCUGCUCUACAACGGCCAGAACCGCGGCAAGGACUUCAUCUCCCUAGCCCUGGUGGGCGGCUUCGUGGAGCUCAGGUUUAACACGGGCUCUGGCACGGGCGUCAUCACCAGCAAGGUCCGUGUGGAGCCGGGCAAGUGGCACCAGCUGGUGGUGAACAGGAACCGGCGCAGUGGGAUGCUCUCUGUGGAUGGGGAGCCCCACGUGAGUGGGGAGAGCCCCCCAGGCACCGAUGGGCUCAACCUGGACACAGACCUGUUCAUUGGGGGAGUGCCUGAUGACCAGAUGGCCGUGGUAGCAGACCACACCACGGCCACCACGGGCCUCAAGGGCUGCAUCCGCCUCCUGGACGUGAACAACCAGAUGUACGACCUGCGGGAGAAGGGCAGCGACGUCCUCUACGGCAGCGGGGUGGGCGAGUGUGGCAACGACCCCUGCCACCCCAACCCCUGCCACCACGGGGGCAUCUGCCACGUCAAGGAGGCGGAGAUGUUCCACUGCGAGUGCCUCCACACCUACACCGGGCCCACGUGCGCCGAUGAGAGGAACCCCUGCGAGCCCUCGCCCUGCCACGUCUCUGCCACCUGCCUGGUGCUGCCAGAGGGGGGUGCCCUGUGUGCCUGCCCCAUGGGCCGGGAAGGAGACUUCUGCGAGCGAGUGACGGAGCAGGACCACACCAUGCCCUUCCUCCCGGAGUUCAAUGGCUUCUCCUACCUGGAGCUGAACGGGCUGCAGACCUUCGUUCCUGACCUGCAGGACAAAAUGUCCAUGGAGGUCGUGUUCCUGGCCAAGAACCCCAGUGGAAUGAUCUUCUACAAUGGCCAGAAGACAGAUGGCAAGGGGGACUUCGUGUCCCUGGCCUUGCACGACGGGUACCUGGAGUACAGAUACGACCUGGGCAAGGGGGCAGCUGUGCUCAGGAGCAAAGAGCCAGUUCCCCUCAACACCUGGACGAGCGUCCUGUUGGAGAGGAACGGGCGCAAGGGGGUCAUGAGGAUCAACAACGGCGAGAGGGUGAUGGGGGAGUCACCGAAAUCCCGUAAGGUACCUCACACCUUCCUGAACCUGAAGGAGCCGUUUUACGUGGGAGGAGCCCCUGAUUUCAGCAAGCUGGCUCGAGCAGCUGCCAUCUCCACCAGCUUCGAGGGGGCUGUGCAGAGGAUCUCCAUCAAGGGGGUUCCCGUGCUGAAGGAGCAGAACAUCCGCAGUGCCAUCGAGAUCUCGCCGUUCCGGGGCCACCCCUGCACCCAGAAACCCAACCCCUGCCAGAACGGGGGCACCUGCAGCCCCCGGCUGGAGAGCUACGAGUGUGCCUGCCAGAGGGGCUUCUCUGGGGCCCACUGUGAGAAAGUGAUCAUCGAGAAGGCUGCUGGGGAUGCAGAGGCCAUUGCCUUCGAUGGCAGGACAUACAUGGAGUACCACAACGCCGUCACCAAGAGCCACCUGAGCAAUGAGAUCCCUGCUCCCGAGGCGCUGGACUAUCCCGUGGAGCCCAGUGAGAAGGCCCUGCAGUCCAACCACUUCGAGCUGAGCAUCAAAACAGAGGCCACGCAGGGGCUGAUCCUGUGGAGCGGGAAGGGGCUGGAGCGCUCGGACUACAUCGCCCUGGCCAUCGUGGAUGGCUUCGUGCAGAUGACCUACGACCUGGGCUCCAAGCCAGUCGUCCUCAGAUCCACGGUGCCAGUCAACACCAACCAGUGGAUCCACAUCAAAGCCUACAGGGUACAGAGGGAAGGUUCCCUCCAGGUUGGGAAUGAAGCUCCCAUUGCUGGUUCUUCUCCACUUGGUGCCACACAACUGGACACAGACGGGGCCCUGUGGCUGGGGGGGCUGGAGAAGCUGAGUGUGGCUCACAAGCUGCCCAAGGCCUACAGCACUGGCUUCGUUGGCUGCAUACGGGAUGUCCUCGUGGACCGCCAAGAACUGCACCUGGUGGAGGACGCUUUAAACAACCCCAGGAUAUUACACUGCUCGGCCAAAUAGACCCCCCCAGAGACCCUCCCUCCUCCUUCCCUCCCUCCUGCCUAUUGCUGUAAUUAUUUUCUAUUUUUGUAAACUUAUUGCUUUUUAUAUUUUUGGGGAGGGGAGGGGUGGGGAGAGAGGGGAGGGGGGAAAAAAGGGAGGGGAGGAAACACCUUUUCUUUUGGGUUAUUCAUUCGGUUGCAGCCUAUCCAGGUCAGGCAGACUCGAAUCAAACAGCAGCAACAAAGAACAAACCUUGAACCAAGUCUCCAAGAAGUGACAGAAGAACUUGCCCAUUGCAUUGUAAAUCUUCUUCAUACUUGAAGCUUCUUUUUGGUUUUGUUUUUGUUUUUUUGGGAGGGGGGGAGGAGGUUAUUUUUUUCCCCCCUCCUUACUUGUGUUCUUGGGUUGUCGUCUGUGCCCGUGGGGGGAGAAGAUGCUGGUGCUGGCGAGACGUGUGGCCUUCAUGGAUUCACUGCCUGGCCCCAACGUCCCCUCUGCAGUGCCUGGCUGAGCAGGGAGGUGGGAAUGGCCACCCUUGGCUCUGCCAAGCCUUCUCCUGGCCCUGUGCUCACCCCCGACCUCCCUCCUCCUCCCCCCUCCCUCCUUCCUCUCACUAUAAUUUAUGUGUGUAAGGAUCUCAAGUGCUUUUCUCCUUCGUGCUCUGUUAAAAUCAGGGAUGCCAUGCACUGGAAGAGAGACCAAGGCCUGCUCUGAGCAGGCAGGAAAGCAUUGCUCUUUGGUUGUCUUAUGACUGUUUGCUGGACUGUGAGGUGCUGGGAGUGGGGGGAAACGUUGAUUUCUCUGUUGCUUCUCCUCCUCCUCCUCCUCCUCCUCUUGGACACGUGCAGAAGCAGCUGUGAAACCUCAUUUCCACGCUCCGUGUCUACCCAGACACGUCCCAACCACCACCUGUUUGCCCUCCUUGGCUGCUCUUCCCAAGAGCUUCUGCCCACCAAGCCUUGCCCUCCCGCGCGCCGGGGAUACCUUGGAGCUCCGUCUCCAAGAGCUGGAAGUGCUUCCCCCCCCUCCUCUUCCAGCACUGCCAAACAGGCUGUGAGGGCACAGGGACUGGGCCCCUCUUGGCUUUUCAAAGAUCUGCUGGAUGUGUCCUCCCAUGACUUUGCCCUCGGAUUCUUCGCCAGCCUGGGAGCGCAGAGCAGGCACCGGAGCCUCUCCCAGGAGGAGAAUUUGGAGUUUCACCUCGGACUUCCACGGUUUUUUGCAACGCCCAGGGCCGUGCAGGGUCUUCCAGGCCAUGAUCAAAGCUCCUCUGGACGCUGCCAGCCCGGCAGGAACAGCUCCAGCAGGAAUGGGAACAGGGCACGAGUCGGGGCUGGAGUGUUUGGGGUUUUUUUUUGGGGGGGUGGGGGGUGGAUUUUUAGGUGUUUUCUUCCUUGAAAGCAAAUGUUGUAGUGGCCAGUGACAAAGCCAGUAAGUGUGUCCGUGAGUGGAUGGUGAGUGUUUGUGAGUGUCUGUCGCCCAGCACACGUGUGCCUACAGACAUGGGAUCUCCUGGAAGCAGGAGAAGAGCCAGUGGAUCGCAGCUGGGGAGGAGAUGACCCUCUCCAUCCAGGUUCCUUCUCCGUGGGAAGGAUUUAAUGAUGCUGUGCAGCAUCUACGUCCCCUCCCCACCCUGAGAUGGCAACUCUGUAUAAAAACAGCUUUAUGGAGUGUACAGAACGAACCUGAAGGAUCCCACCAGCUACUGAGUGUUAAUUAAUACCCGAGGUGCCAUAAUUUUGCAGUUUAUCCUUCAAUGUCUAGCACACCUUGCAGGGUACCCUUUAAAAACGGUGUUUUUUGGCACUAAAGUUUUGAGCCACGAGAGGUCAAAAGCGUUUUCUCAGGGUGAGCUCUGAACACAGGGGAAGAUCGUGUGUCAAAACCACUCGGGGCUUCUCGUUUCCUUCUUUUUACUUGAUUCGAAGAAAAUUAUCCCCCUCACCCCCAAUCCCCAAUCUGUGACAUUCCUCUCUAAAUCCAGUGGUUAAAUAUUCCAUUGGGGAAAUACUAUUAUUCCAUGGGGGGAAAAGGGAGGGGCUGUGCCCUCUGUGGGAUGGAGAUCUGGGGUGUGUCUGUGUGUGUGUGUGUGUUUGGGGUUGUGUGGGUGCCAAACCCCACAUUUUAAGUGGCUGCUGUAUAGAAAUUGUGGGUCCUGGGGGGGAGUGCUGUGCUGUGGAAAGGAGGGGAGGGUCUUGGAUCUGCAGGAUGAGGUGGAGACCCCCCCAGUCCGUGUUUUGAGAAGGGGGAUUUGCAGCUGGGCAAGGCUGAGACAGGGCUGGGUGACAUAGAGGGACGGGGUUGGGGGGGAGCACGUGCAGAGGAAGCUGCUAAUUUUCUGGAAUGCCACUCGAAAAACGAAGCCAGGGUCACUGCAAAAAUCACAACCCCGACAGCUAAACAAAACAAACAAACAAAACAAAACAAAGAACUCUGUCUGCUUUUGCUGGGGCUUGGAAAUGCCUUAAAACGAGGCCGUGGCGUCCUCGUGUUGGAGCAUCUUGAACCGAGGUCAGACUCAGCAGUGCUCCCUUGGGGCUGUGCACUUAACUACUUGGGCUUUAUUUUUAAUAGCAUUUAUAACAUGUAUGUACAAAAAAAAAAAAAGAAAAAAGAGACAUUGAGGUUUGUUUUUUUUUUCUGGGUUUGGUUGUUUGUUUUUUUAUAUUGAUUUUGGUUUUGGUGUUUUGUUUUGUUUUUUCCUUUUUUUUUUUUUUUUAAUGUCCACGUGGCUUCAUUUAUAGGGUAAAUUAAUGACCAUUGUGAACUGCUGUAUGAAUUCUGAAGGGCAAUGCACAGUAGAGGAGCAGCAUGAUAUAACCAUUACUAACUCGUGUCUUUCGUCAAUCACCAUGAAAUAAAGUUUGAAAACUAUUAAA